AUGAAAAAUAUUCCUCUUUGUCUAAAAAACGUAUUGGAUGAAGCCAUAAAAAUAGUCAACUUCAUCAAGUCACGUCCUCUGAAAUCUAGACUUUUUAAAAUCUUGUGUGACGACUUGGGAAGUAUUCAUAAUACGUUACUUUUCCAUACAGAAAUCAGGUGGUUAUCUCGCGGUAAAGUAUUAACACGGUUAAUGGAAUUAAGGGCUGAAGUUUCUUCAUUUCUAAUGGACCACAACGUUACAUUAGCUGAAACUAUGAAUGACGUGACUUGGCUUUGUCAGCUAUCGUACUUGGCAGACAUUUUUAACAAAAUGAACGAGUUGAGUCUUUCUUUACAAGGAAGAACUUUGACAAUUUUUGAUGCGAGCUCCAGAGUAUGUGCAUUGAAAAGAAAAAUUGAUUAUUGGUCAGAGUGCAUAUUUAAAAGAGAGCUGGAGUGUUUUCCAAUAAUGCAGGCCUUUUUGGAGGAAAACGAAUUGCAAGCUCCCAUUAGCAUUAUUAACGAGAUUUCUGAACAUCUCAAACAACUGAAAAAUUCAUUUAAUAAAUAUUUUCCUACAGAUCGAGAGGUGUUUUUAAAAGACCGUGAAUGGGUAGUUAAUCCAUUUUCAGUCUGUGGAAAACCCUCAAGCUUGUCUUCAAUCGAAUAUGAGAGUUUGAUCGAUAUUACUUCAGAUUCAACAUUUCAAUCCAGCUUCAGUUGCAAUUCUUAUGUUGAAUUUUGGCUAAAUUUGAAAAAUACAAGUUUUGAAAAAGCAAUAACAAUACUCUUACCUUUUGCUACCACAUAUUUAUUAACUUGUAUGCUUGAUGACAAAUCUGCCAAACAUUUAUCCAUAAUUCCUUUGUCAAAUAAUACUGUUGCACGGCGAAUUAAAGAUUUGGCUAGCAACGUAUCAGAAACACUUGUCUCUCGUAUUAAAUACACAAAAUUCGCACUACAAAUGGACGAAUCAACCGAUAUUGCUGGUCUUGCUGUACUAUUGGUGUUCGUUCGUUACGUAAACAUGAACUCUUUUGAAGAAGAUCUUUUAUUUUGUAAACCACUUCUAUCUAAUACGACAGGGGUUCAAAUUUUCGGUUUAUUGGAUGAUUUCUUAACAGAAAAUCAGAUUCCAUGGACAAACUGUAUCGAUGUGUGUACUGAUGGUGCUAUGACAGACUCAACGAUUACUUACUAG